AUGGUCCGAACCAUUCGAAAACGAGUCGAAUUCGAACUUACCUUAUCCGAAUCGAAUUCGAUAUCAGUGAAAUUCGAUUCGAAUAGUUCGAAUAGGAGCACUGGUGAAGCGACAGCGAAGAAGACUGCAACACUUGCACAAGAAGCAUCUCUCUACGAGUCGGCGACGAGUUUCGGAGUUUUGAAAAUGAAAAAUACCUUAAUGGCUGCUACUAUGCCGAUAGACAAUGAUGAUAAGCGCAAGAAUUUCCAUGAGGAAGAGGAGCCAAGAGGAAGAAAGAAGACGCGAGGGCUGGACCCACGACAUUCGUUGACUGGGGAAGACCAUGUUUCUCCUAGUGUUCGCACGCUCAAUGGUAUCAACGAACAGCGAAAAAGGCAACAAAAGGACCAAGUCAGUGGUAUAUCGUUUUCAUUGCUUCCGAAGUCCACAAUGACACCAAAGAUCGAGGAUAAGAUGGACAUGGACAUGGACAUGAUCGUCUGGUGGUUGCUCGUUUACGAGGGGCUGGUGCUAAACAAUAUCAAAUUAAAUUAA